AUGAAGAAGGCCGCCAUUAAUAAUGCUGCUUCUCCCGUGGUCAUCAUUGGUCUUGUACUGGGAUGCAUCACCAUCUUUUGCUGCUGCCCGUUCACUGCAGCCACGGUCACGUGCAGCGGAGGACAGUUGAGCUCCGGCGACGCUCUGUCGACGGCGAGGGACCAAUUGUUCACCGACCUGAUAAGCAACACGUUCUGGAACUCCUACGAACAGUACUGCACGCAUUACCCCGCCGCCGGCACGACGAGCACCAUGUACGGCAUGGCCAACUGUGCCACGUCGAAGAGGUGUGGCCCCAAUUACUGUUCCACGGUGUACGAGGAUUGCAACCACUGCCUGAAAACAGCUCGGUAUCAUCUCAUGUUGAAAUGCGGAGACAGAGAGGGCGGUUUUGUUGAGAUUGUGGACGACCAACAGUUGCAACCAUGCAGUUUGUGUUGGAUACGACGCUUUGCCAGUGAUUUGAUGAUUUUCGUGGUUUUUUUAUCAUGUGAAAUAAUUUGCUAUGUUGUGUUAGCUACUGUUUCAGCCGCGGGUGGGUUGGUUUCUGUUUUCUGGAAUAAAAGUUAA